GCCCAAGCCCAACUAUGGCGAGUACAAGCCCAUCAAGCAGAUCGAGCUUGGCCCGCGACCCUACUUCCUCGCCAAUAACAUGGACGAGGGUCCCCUCAAGAAGAAGCUCCAGUCGUGCUCUGAGAAGCGUCAGAAGCCCUCGGAGUGGUCCAUUGCUCACCGCGGUGGUGGUACCCUCAUGAUCCCCGAGCACUCUCUCGAGUCCAACCUCGCCGGAGCCCGUAUGGGUGCUGGUAUCCUUGAGUGCGAUGUGGCCUUCACCAAGGAUCGCCAGCUCGUGUGCCGACACUCGCAGUGCGACCUCCACUACACGACCAACAUCGUCACCAUUCCCGAGCUUAACAAGAAGUGCACUCAGCCCUUCACAGCGGCCAAGGACGGCAAGCCGGCUUCGGCUAAGUGCUGCACCAGCGACAUUACUCUCAAGGAGUUUAAGACGCUGUGCGCAAAGAUGGAGGGCUUCAACGCCAGCGCCACCAACGCCGCCGACUUUCUCGACGGCACGCCCAACUGGCGCACCGACCUGUACGCCACGUGCGGCACCGUCAUGACACUCAAGGAGCACAUUGAGCUCACCAAGUCGCUCGGCCUCAAGCACACCCCGGAGCUUAAGACGCCCGAGGUCAAGAUGCCGUUCCAGGGCGACUACACGCAGGAGAAGUAUGCGCAGCAGCUGAUUGACGAGUACAAGGCGGCCGGCGUCAAGCCCAAGAACGUCUUCCUGCAGAGCUUCCUGUACGAUGAUAUGCUGUACUGGCUCAAGGCUGAGCCCAAGUUUGCCCGCCAGGCUAUGUACCUCGACGAGACGGGCGACACCCCCGAGACCUUCCCGACUGCCGUCGCCAACCUGACUCGUUAUGCUGCUGAUGGUGUGAAAUACAUUGCGCCUCCUCUGCCCUACCUCGUCGCGGCCAAGGACGGCGAGAUUGUCCCCAGCGUGUAUGCCACCCAGGCCAAGAAGCUCGGCCUCGACAUUGUCACCUGGAGUCUGGAGCGAUCCGGUCCCCUAAAGAACGGAGCUGACGGAAACUACUACUAUGCCACCAUUGCCUCGAUCGUUGACAACGACGGCGAUGUGUUCAAGCUGCUGGAUGUGUUCCGACAGAUUGGAGUUGUUGGCGUCUUUUCCGACUGGAGUGCUACUGUUACUUAUUACGCCAACUGCUUUGGCCUCAAGUAA